GGGGUCGUGAGGAGGGUGGCCUCGAGGGAGGGGUAGGGGGAAAGAACUAGGGCAGGGGGGCAGCGGCUGGGAAAGGGGACCCUCGCCGGGACGCCAUCGGGGCGUCGGUGGGGAGGGCGCAGCGCGCGGCCUCCUGGCACCGGGCAGGGCGACCUCGGUUCGCGCGCAUUCCCGGGCCCUGAGCGCCGCGCCCGGAAUAGCAGCCCCGGGGUGGGGGUAGGGGCGGUCAUUCCCUCGCCCUGGGAUUCCCAAGGUCUCGGGGACGCGGACGCUUGGACGGAGGCCGCGGCCCUGGGGGGCCGGGAGCCGCGCCGGCCACCAGUCCCCUGGCGCCAUGGCCGCGCGGGGGCGCACGGGGCCGCCGCCCCUCCGGACCCCGGCCUGGGCGCGCCCCGGGAGGCCGCGUGGGAGGGGCCGCCCCGGGCUCCCCCGCCCUCCCCGCGGGCCCCGCCGCUUCCGCUCGCCCUGGGGCCGCCCAGGGAGCCAGACGCAGCGCCCGGGCUCUGGGUCGCCGGCCACCCUGGGCUCCCUCCCACACCCUCUGCACAUGAGGCCAUGAGGCGCCGAGUGGAUCCAGGCCAGGUCACCCCUCCCUGCCCAACCCCCCACCCAGGGGCUCCCUGCUGCCAAGGGUACGGGGGCUGAGGGGGCCCAGGAGGCCGAGGUGCCGCUGGGGGGGGGCCUCUCCCGGGCCCCUGCCCCUGAGUCUGCCCCCACUGGCCGACCCUCCACAAGGUCUCUUUGAGUCCUGGACUGAGCCCAGCUGGUCCCCGCUGCGCAGAUGGGGAAACUGAGGCCUGGGGAGGUGGAGCGGCUGGCCCCCGGCCACACUGGAAGACCCCGCCCCCUCUGGAACCUCCUGCUGUGGACCCUCCUGAGCUGUGGUUUGGGGGGCAGUGCUCAGGGUCCGGGCGAGUGGACCCCGUGGCGAUCCUGGAGUCGCUGCUCCAGCUCCUGCGGGCGGGGGCUCUCGGUGCGCAGCCGCCGGUGCAUCCGGUUUCCUGAGGAAGAGCCGUGCUGGGGGGACAGCCACGAGUACCGCCUCUGCCAGUUGCCAGACUGUCCCCCGGGGGCCGUGCCCUUCCGAGACCUCCAGUGUGCCCUCUACAAUGGCCGCCCUGUCCUGGGCACCCAGGAGGCCUACCGAUGGGUACCCUUCUACGGCGCGCCCAACCAGUGCGACCUCAACUGCCUGGCGGAGGGGCACGCCUUCUACCACACCUUCGGCCGCGUGCUGGACGGCACCCCCUGCAGCCCGGGUACCCGGGGCCUCUGCGUGGCUGGCCGCUGCCUUAGCGCCGGCUGUGACGGUUUGCUGGGCUCGGACGCCCGCGAGGACCACUGCGGCCGCUGCGGCGGCGCCAACGACUCGUGCCUCUUCGUGCAGCGCGUGUUCCGCGACGCCGGUACCUUCGCCGGGUACUGGAACGUGACGGUGAUCCCCGAGGGCGCCAGGCACAUCCGCGCUGCCCACCGGAGCCGCAACCACCUGGCGCUGAUGGGGGGCGACGGGCGCUACGUGCUCAACGGGAACUGGGCGGUCAGCCCGCCCGGGACCUACGAGGCGGCGGGCACCCGCGUGGUCUACACCCGGGCUGCAGGGCCGGAGGAGACGCUUCACGCGGCAGGGCCCACCUCCCAAGACCUCCUCCUGCAGGUCCUCCUGCAGGAGCCCAACCCCGGCAUCGAGUUCGAGUUCUGGCUCCCCCGGGAGCUCUAUGGCCCCUUCCAGGCACGGGCGCAGGCCCUGGGCUGGUCCCCGCGGCAGCCACAGCCUCGGGAGGUGGAACCUCAGACCCCAGAGUCCCCCGUGGCCCCCGCGGCCCCCGCGGCUGGCCCCCCACGACCCCUGACCCCUGCCCCAGACCCCUGCCCACCCUGCCCCGACUCUCGCGGUCGUGCCCACCGGCUGCUCCACUACUGCGGCAGCGACUUCGUCCUCGGGGGCCCCCAGGGCCCCCUGAACCCUGGUCACCCUCGUCUGGCGGUGGGCGCGUGGGUGGGUGCCCAGGACGGAGUGGCUGGCCAGCCUCAGCACCGCCCUGCCCACAGUGUUCCGGGCCCAAGUCCUGGGCCGCCUGCGCCAGGCCCAGGAGACCCGCUACGAGGUGCGUGUGCAGCUCGUCUACAAGAACCGCUCGCCGCUGCGGGCCCUCGAGUACGUGUGGGCGCCGGGCCGCUGCCCCUGCCCGCCGCUGGCCCUGCACCGCGAGUACCUGCUGGCCGUGCAGCGCCUCGUCAGCCCCGACGGCACUCAGGACCGGUUGCUGCUGCCCCAUGCUGGCUAUGCCCGGCCCUGGAGCCCCGCCGAGGACAGCCGCGUGCGCCUGGCCGCCCGGCGCUGCCCUGUCUGAGAGCCUGGACCAGGCCCUUGCCUCGCACAGCAAGAAAGACACACCCGACCGGGCUCAAACUCAACAUAUUUCCCCUCUCGCCCUGGCUUCCAGGGAGCUCAGAAAUAUCUCCUUCUCGAAGCUGGGUGACUCCCUGUCACACACAUUUAGACACCCCUGCACACAGUCAGAUCCACUGUCAUAAGCAGGCAGGCCCUGGUGAGGACACACUGAACAGACUCUCUUAUUUCCUUUCUCACCCUGGCUGCCAGGAAACUCAUUGCUAUUUCACACUCAGAAAUUUUGCGUCUGCUUUUAUUCCCCUUGCCUCACACUCAUUUACUUAGAGACACUGUCACAAACCAAGCAUGGCCCAGAGGAAGGCUUGACUAACAGGACACUGUGAUGUGUCAGUUCCCCUUCUUGCUCUGGCAGCCAGGAAGCUCAUCACUGUUUAACUCUCUGUUGCUCUGUGCUCUCCCUUCUUGCUGCCACUUACACACGUACCCUCACAUCUUCAGAGACACUGUCACAAACAGGCAUGGCCCCCCCGUUCCCCCGUUUUUAUUCCUAUUUAAUUUUUACAAGCACUUUAACAAGGACACGUACUCGGCCACAGAGCCUUGGGGGUGCGCUGGUAGUCGGAUCCAUAAUCGCGCUCUCACAGCGCAUCCAGGUGUGGUGACAUGCACCCCAUCCCCUCCGCCUCCUGAUCCAGCCCACCUCCCUCAGCGUGUCUGACCCUGUGUGUGGAGGGGGGACAGGGAAUAUAUGAGGAUGGGGGGAGGAGAGGAGUCAGCGGGGCUUCAUAGGCCCCGAGUCCCCUCCCUGUGCCCCCUUGGGGACCAUUCAUCUCAGGCCUCCCAAGGGACCCCUGCUCUCAGCCUGUCCCCUGUCCUCGUGCCUUUCUUCUCCUCAUGUAUUCUUCUGGAGCUGGGAGGGCAGACCUCGGCGGCGUGUGAAUUGGGCGGUCUGUGGGGUGUCACACAGUCACUCAGCAAACCUUCCCUGUGGGGUGCCCCCGAGAGGCCGCCCUUCUGCCUCCCCACCCUGGAUGGGGCGGCUCGCGCUGUCACUGGGACGAUCUGCUUUUCUGUGCCAUCCGCGGUCCUUUUUCUCUGGGCUGCGGGAUGGAGGGAGUGAGGACAGGGUGCAGAUGUGUGGGCCUCGAUGGGCUCAGCCUCUGACCUUGCAGGUGACUUGGACCAGGCCCCGCCCGCUCUGGGCCUCAGUUUACCCAUCUGCAAGUACCCUUUCAGCCCCUCCCGGUCUCUUCCUAGCUCCUUCCCUAGCCGCGCCUUCAUUCACGCAUCCCUCCAGCUAGUAUUUAUUGAGCGCCUACUGUAUGCCAGGAACCCAGCAGUGCCUGGGCCGUCCCAGGCCUGGCCUUGUCAUCUGCCACCAGUGCUGAAGGUGGAGGACCCCUGGAUGCCCCACUCCUGGGGGUCAAGCGGGGCACAGGUCUGGAGGGAGGCGCCGGGCCAGGGCCCCCCUGGUGGCAGGACACAGGGAGAAGGGAUUCCAGCCUCAUCCCCACCAUGGGGCCUGCAGCCCACAAGGGACGCAAGCCCACCGGCCCAUGACACCCACUUCUCUCGUUUCCUGUCCCGGGACCGCCCCUCACCACCCGCUGGCCUCCUUCACCAGUGCCCACCCGGCGCCCCCUCCCACCCCUGCCACCAUUACCCUGCCCCCCACUGUUAGACCGAGGGGGCCCUCAGCCAUGCUAGGUGUGGGGACGUGUCCAGGAUCGGGGUCUCCACCCUCUCAGCUCUGGGAUCCUGGGCAGCCCCGCCACCAGCUCUCAGCCGGGCGCCCCUCACCCGCCGGCCGCGGGGUCCACUCUGGCAGGCCGGCCUGGCGCCCCCUGAGUGGGGGCCUUGUGGCCCUGGCUCUUUCCAGCCCCAGGAAGGCAACAUUGUAUCCAGUUAGUGAUGGGGGGGGGAAACAGUGGGCCGUGGAUGUCACAAGGUUUCCUGCUCUGCUCUUUAGCUUUAAAAACAAUUUAAAGAGAGAAGAAAUUGUAAUUCUCAAGAUUCUCAAAUUCUGCAACAAAUGUCACCCGGAACCAGAGUUCGUGCUGGCCGAGCGAGACCGUGCGCUGUUUGCUGCUUUACAUGUAAACACGAAUAAAAACUGUGGGCGGUGACACAGAGUGAUGGCAACAAAGUGACUGAAUUCUGCUUUGUCGUCUUUCCAGCCCCAGCUCUUUGUGCUGUUUACCGUGUCCCCGGAGGGUGCAUGGGCCCGUGUGGGUGAGAGCGUGACACAGCGCCCCAGGGACCACGGGGACCCCAGAGGGCACGUCCUCUCAGAGGAGCGGAGUCCUCGCUCCAGAAAUGGGGAUUCUCCCAACCGACUUCCCGCAGGAGGCGACGUUUAUAGAGACAUAAAACGGGGCAAGGUCAAGGCCGCGUCUGUGUCAGUGGAACGGCGGGAACGGCACAGUUUCUUCCUUAGCCCAGAAAAAGACGGUUUGCACCCGCCCCGCACUUGCUUUUGCUCCCGUCUCUAAUUCUUGGCGGACAGCGAGCCCCUGUCAUCUGCAGCUGCCGCCCUUCUCUCUCGGGGACCCCGUCCGGGAUGCCUGACCUGCAGGAGCGCACGGGGGUGGUCAAGGAGCUGCCAAAGGCCCCAGCUGGUCCCACGGCGACAGGCACGUGCGGGGAUGUGGGCAUAACCGCGUCGGAAGACGGUCUGGUGUGUCCGCUCGGGAGGACGGCGCGCUCCACGGCCCAGCCCCCAGACCCCGGGAAGGUACUUUAUUUGGAAAAGUGGACUUUGCAGAUGUAGUUAAAGGUCUCAAGAUGAGGUCAUCCUGGCUUAUCUGGGUGGGCCCUAAACCCAAUGACAAAUGUCCUCAUAAGAGACACACAGAGGAGAGGCCACGGGACACUGGAGGCAGAGACUGGGGGACGUGGCCACACGCCCAGAGACGCCUGGAGCCCCUAGAAGCUGGAGAGGCAGGACGGACCCUCCCCUGGAGCCUCGGGAGGGAGCAGCCCUGCCCGCCUGGAUCUGGGACGUCCGGCCUCCAGAACGUGAGAGAAUAAAUCCUCGUUGCUUUCAGUGGCCCGUCUUGCAGUCAUUUGCUACGGCAGAAAAAGGAGCCCUCUGCUCACCGGAGGCCGGUUCUAGAAUGUUCCGCAGCUUUAGUCAUA